AUGGCCACCACUACCAAUGGGAAGGUCAACGGCGCCGCUGUUGUAAAUGCCCCCGCGAAGACCUUCGACACUAUCCUGGUACUUGACUUUGGGUCACAGUACUCUCAUCUCAUCACGCGCCGUCUUCGAGAACUAAAUGUCUACUCCGAAAUGCUGCCUUGCACUCAAAAGAUCGCCGACUUGCACUUUCACCCCAAAGGCAUCAUUCUCUCGGGUGGCCCCUACUCUGUCUACGAGGACGGCGCUCCCCACGUGGACCCCGCUGUAUUCGAGCUUGGAGUGCCCGUCUUAGGCAUCUGCUACGGGUUGCAGGAAAUUGCCUGGCAUUUUGGCAAGAACGUCGUGGCUGGCGAGAAGAGAGAAUACGGCCACGCCUAUCUCAAGAUCGAGAGACAUACAGGCAAGGAGGAUCAUAUCGAUCGUCUCUUUGAAGGUAUCAAGGAUUACGUCGAGGUGUGGAUGAGCCAUGGAGACAAACUGUCCAGGCUUCCGGAGAACUUCCAUCCCAUCGCCAGCACCAGCAACUCUCCGUUUGCUGGUAUUGCCAGCACGUCCAAGCCGUAUUUUGGCAUUCAGUUCCACCCUGAGGUCACGCACACGCCCCGAGGUAAGGAGAUUCUGUCGAAUUUCGCAGUCAAAAUCUGCAAAGCACGACAAGACUGGACCAUGGAGAAGUUUGUGGACAAGGAAAUCGAGCGCAUUCGUGCCAUGGUCGGGCCAAAGGGCCAGGUGAUUGGCGCCGUGAGUGGUGGAGUGGACUCCACCGUGGCGGCGAAGCUCAUGCAAGAGGCCAUCGGUGAUCGCUUCCAUGCGGUACUCGUCGACAAUGGCGUGCUUCGUCUGAAUGAAGCAGAAACGGUCAAGGAGACUCUCACCAAGCACCUUGGUAUCAAUCUUACAGUGAUCGACGCUUCGGAUCUGUUUUUGGGUAAGCUCAAAGGCGUCUCAGACCCAGAGACGAAGCGCAAGAUCAUUGGCAAUACGUUCAUCGAGAUCUUCCAGGAUAAGGCCAAGAGAAUGGCCGAGGAAGCGGCAAACUCACCAAGAGCUGGAGAGAUUGAGUGGCUGCUACAAGGCACGCUAUACCCUGAUGUCAUUGAGAGCAUUUCUUUUAAAGGCCCUUCUGCCACGAUCAAGACUCAUCACAAUGUUGGUGGAUUGCUCAAGGAUAUGCACCUCAAGCUAAUCGAGCCGCUGAGAGAACUCUUUAAAGAUGAGGUGAGAGCACUAGGAACAAACCUGGGUAUCCCGGAAGAUCUCGUCUGGAGACAUCCCUUCCCGGGCCCAGGUCUGGCAAUUCGCAUUCUAGGCGAAGUCAAUGAGUCGCAGCUGAAAAUCGCCCGUCAUGCUGACAAAAUCUUCAUCGACGAGAUCGUCGCCAGUGGCCUUUACAGGAAAAUCUCCCAGGCGUUCGCGGCGCUGCUGCCAGUCAAGGCGGUAGGAGUCAUGGGUGACAAGCGUGUACACGCCCAAGUCAUCGCCCUCCGCGCCGUCGAGACUACCGACUUUAUGACUGCUGAUUGGUUCCCAUUUGACGGUGCCUUCCUGAAGAAAGUCAGCAGACGCAUUGUCAAUGAGGUCGAUGGUGUCUGUCGUGUGGUGUAUGAUGUCACAAGUAAGCCCCCGGGGACUAUCGAGAUGGAAUAG